AUGGCAAAUUAUCUGGCCUUCACCUUUUCAUCAGCCAUUUCAGCGACCUUCAUGCAUCCUGCAUGCGCUGAACCAAGAGAUCCCGGACCCUGCCGAGGUUAUACAUUAGCCUACCACUACGACCCAUCCUCGAACUCCUGUCAGCCAUUCCAUUAUGGUGGGUGUGGAGGCAAUCGAAAUCGUUUUUACAGCUACCUCACCUGCACCUACCUCUGCAAGCGCAAUGAGAUCCCGUGGAUUCUCAAAAAAGUGGCCGACGGGGAAGGUAGUUAUGAAGAUUGGCAAAGAUGGAGGAAGAAAUUGAGGUUGUAA